AUGACCAAUGUCUUGACUUCUCCAACCCUCAGCGUUCCUACCUUGGAUGCCGCCUCUGGGUUGACCGCUCGCAUGACUCGCUCCCGCAGCAGCAGUCUCGUGAAAGUUGAGACAGUAGGCGAGAAUUCGCAAGAGGAAGCACUUGACCAGAACCUAUACGAAAAUGUGAACGCAGAUUGGGUGAACAGCAAAGGCGCCUGGUUAAUGCAUCCUGUGCUCAUUUUUGCUGGAAAGAUUGUCGUGGACACCAUCCCAGGGAUGCAACAGGAGAUAAGCUGGUUCGUCGUCAAUAUAGGCUACCUCUCACUCUCGUAUCUCAUGUUCCACUGGGUAACUGGGAUACCCUUCCAAUCUGACCUGCAUGGUGGUGUCUAUGACGAUCUAACGCUGUGGGAACAAAUUGACUACGGUGCACAGUAUACUCCUGCAAAGAAGUGGCUCUUCUGUGUUCCUGUUCUGCUGUUCCUUGCAUCAACGCACUACACACAUUACAACCCGUGGUUCUUUGCAAUUAAUUUGACAGGGUUGAUCCUGGUCCUUAUUCCGAAACUUCCUCAGCUUCACCGUCACCGACUACGCUUCAUGGUUAAGGACAUGGCUUCCGGCGCUGUCACUCCGGCGACUGUCGCGGGAGAUGAGCCGUCCACUCCAACAAGCGGGGAGUUAAAUACAAUACCGCCGAUCCGCAUCUCUGAAGUCGAAGUCGAAUGA